AUCAACAUCACAAGACAGAAGUGCGAUGGCUAUCCCUUGACUAUCGACACGCUACCCUGACAGGGACGCAGCGCAUACAUCCAGCUGCCUUACCAGUGACCUCUCAUAUUUUGAUAUGUAAAUACUAGCAUUCACACAAGUCUGUUUAGGUAUACCCUUUAACGCUUUGGAGUGAACCCUUACUGAGGAAAUUAAAAAUGGCACUUGUCAAGCACGGAUUCCCUAUAGAAAGCAGGGAUUUGACUGCAGAACAGCUGACCAAACUCCGGGCCUUCAAGCACUUACUCCAACAGACAGGCUCUUGGGACGACGCGCGCUUUGACGACCAUGACUGUGCACGUUUCCUCAAGGCCCGCCAGUAUGACGUGCAAGCCGCCAAGCAGAUGUGGGACGCCAUGCUUGCGUGGCGGAAAGAAAACCGCGUUGACAACAUACACGAUUGGUUUGUGUUUAAGGAGCGUGCGGAGUACGACCGUGUCUUCCCCACCGGCUUGCACAAGACGGACAAGGAGGGUCACCCCAUCCUCAUCCAGCAGCUCGGCCGUGUCAACAUUGGGGCGCUCUACAAGGUCACAAACGACGAACGCAUCCGUCUAGCGCACGUGGCGGAGAACGAGCACCUGCGGCGUGUCGUCUUCCCCGCCUGCUCCCGAGCCGCUGGGCGACCCAUUGACCAGCUCUUUACCAUCAUCGACUUGGAGGGUGUUGCCUUCACUGGCAUGAUGCGGACCACCUCGCUGCUCAAGAUGUUCAUGGCCAUGGACUCUAACAACUACCCGGAGACGCUGUCACGCAUGGCCAUCAUCAACGCGCCCGGCUGGUUCUCCACCUCCUGGGGCGCCGUCAAGAGCGUGCUCAGCGGUGACACGGUCAAGAAGAUUGAGAUCCUGGGCAAGGACUACAAAGAGGCGCUGCUGCGUCACAUCCACCCGGACAACCUCCUCUUCGAGUACGGCGGCACCUCUCGCGGCAGUGUAACGGCCAACACGGGCCCAUGGCAGGACCCCUCCCUGCUGGAGCCCCUGCCGGAGCCGCCCGCGCCGCCGCCUCUGGUCCCGCCCCCGCUGCCGCUGACACCCGCCGGGCUGGGACAGGUAGAGCCGCUCGUAGACACGCAGCAGGCGGUGGUUGGAGGCGGCAGCGGAGGAGUGGACCAACGGACGCCACGUGACGCGCAGCUCCGUCGCUCGCAAUCCCCAGUUCGACCCGGGGCGAAAACUCCCGCGGGCGUGGUGGGUGGGGUGGGCGGCCCGCACCAAGCACCCGCGGCGAGCCCCCCGGACGCUAAACGGAUCCACCUUGACGCCACAUCGCAGCCUUCCCAGCAGCCGUCCUUGUCCCCAUCGCCAGCGGCGCAGGGGCAGGGCAGCAGCCCCGCGCCCAGCGUCAGUGAUACCUCCUCCGACAUUGCGCAGAACAUGGCGGCACCGCUGCUGAGCAACUUCCUGCCGGCCAGCGACUCCCCACUCCACCAGAAGCCCCUGUCGCAGCCUCUGCUUGUCGCGGAGAGCACGCUAUCACCACCACCGCCGCGAGGCCUUCCGCUUGCUGCAUCAUCCAUGCAGUCCGCACCGUCGCAGCCGGGGCCGGCACGCCGUACUGGCUCCGCUGGCGGUGCGCCGUCGCCCGCACACGCCGCAGCCGCUGUUGUCCCAGGUGGGCUUGUCAGCAGCGGGCUCACAGCCGGGCUGGUAGCGGGGAUUCAGGCGGCGGUGUCACAUGCCGGGUACCAGCCGCAGCACAGUGGAGGUAGUGCUGGUGAAGGGGUAGUCGGUGCCGCUGCUGCAGCCGCUCUUGACGCUGGCCUUCUCCACCCGUCCGCAGGUGGAAGCCCGGCGCCUUCCGCUGCGGCGUUGGGCGCAGUGCCGCCUCGGAGUACCUACCACACCCCCCUGCCGGCGACGCAGCAGCAGCACCAGCAACAAGCUGUGGCGGCGGCGGCCAUGGUGGCAGGGAGGGCCUUGGCGGUGGGCCCGACACAGCUCCAAGUGGCUUCACCGCGGGAGGAGGUGUUUGGCGCGGAGACGAUGCUUUCCGCCGCCAGCACCCUCUACAGCAUGCGCAGCGCCAUGAGCCCGAUGAGCCCCAUGGACGCGCACAUGAUUGACAUGGUCACCUCACGCGCACAGCCCGAGGGUGUUGCCGGUCCGGUCCUGGCCCGGGCUUCAGCCGGAUUCGCUGCGACCGUGACGUCCACCCAGCGGCGGAUUAGCGGCAGCGGCGGUAGCGGAGUCCUUUUGGCUGCUUCGGGGCCGUCUGUAACGCUUGGAUCGGGGCAGCCGCCGCAGCAGCCUCCUGGCGCUGCGAGCAACCUCUUUGGCGGUGCGGUGGUCGCCAGCGGGGAGCUACCCCCCGGCCCGGCGCAGCCCCUGCAGCAGCAGGACACGGAUGACGCCGAUUCGGUGCGUUUCUCUGUCAUGAGCCAGCGCUCCUUCUACAGUGCGCUCUCGCACGUGGACCCGGGCAGCAGCAGCGGCCUAACCAGCCCCAGUGAGGCUUCAGACUACGCGCGGCGCUGGUCUGUGCAGCGUGAGCUGCAUGCAGCUGCAAUUGCCUCGGCCUUGGCAGCCACGGCGGAGCAGCGCCGGAUCGCCGCCGCAGCGGCGGCGGCGUCCUUGACGCCGCUGGCGGUGACGACGACGGCGGGCAAGCCGCCUGGCGGCCCCUCCGCGGCAGCGACGUCUGCCGUACCGGCCCUGCCUGGCGUGUCGUUUAUCGUACCGCCUGCGUCUCAACAAGCAUUUGGGUCGUACCUGGACCAGCCCCCCUCGUAUCGCGCCGUUGCGGUCGCGGAGGGCCCGUCCAACGGCAACACGGUGUCUGGAAGCGACUUGGGCAGCCGGCAUGGCGCAGACGUGUCGGCGGGAGCUGAGGGGGCUGCGGGGACGGGCGCUGCUGCUGCGUCCACGCAAGGGCUCAAGGGCUCGGCCUCUCGGGGGGAACUUGCGGUGUUUGGGAGCGACGUGAUCAUCCAUGUGGGUACCGACGUGGCUGGCGUUGCUGGUAGCAGCCUGUCUCGCUCGCAUUCGGCUGCUGCCAUGGACGAGUGCAGCCUGGGUGCCGGGGCGGUGCGGUGGGCUCGUGGCUGGUUUUUCCGGCGGCGGAACUACGGGCGUCUUAUGGAGCCCGAGUCUUUGGACGCUAGCGGGGGCAUGAUUGGCCUAGGCAGCAGCAACAGCCGGGGCGGCAGCAGCGGCGGCGGAGCCGUCAGUGCUGACGGCAGCCGGCCGACAGGGGCGGCGACGCAUGCACGCAAGGGUUCCGCAGGUGCCACCUACUCGAGCAUCAAGGACGGGCCGGGCAGCACCAGCCCCAGCAAGAUGCUUCCCAAGGCGCCGUCAGUGCCGCACCAUGCACGCGGGGAUUCUUGGGAAUGGGACCAGCCGUCGCCGUACGACAUUGAUCAGACGUACGGGCGGUCGGUUGGCGGCAGCGCGAUGCAUCGUGACAUGUCGUUUGGUCGAGGCGCCGAGCGGCGGCGGCUGUUGCGGUCCGAAAGCCCCGGCCGCCGGCGCGGCAUGUUGAAAUCCUGCUGCGGGUGUCUGCCGGGCUGCACUAUCAUGUGAUGGGGCGGAAGAGUAUUAUCCUUAAUGGAAGGUUGGGAGGGAAAGGGUAGGUGUGGGAAUGACUAGGAAGAAACGAACCAUGUGCAAAGUCUCCACCAUGUAGGAGUGGGAGAGGGAGGGAUCGGACAUUGCCCGGUGUUUUUUUGCUUGGUAAAAGUGGGGUAAGAGUUGAACAAUCGCAAAGGACGUCCCCGCAUUGCGGCGCGCUCCUAGUUCGUAUGCUGUGUGGCUUUGCAACAGGUCGAAUAACCGUGAUUGUGGGACGUUGGCUGAUGUUGUUAGUCGUGGCCUUUGCAGCUUACAUCGGGGGUUUAACUCUUAUGACCGGGUGCGAGGUGUCUGUGGCUGAGGGUUUGGGUUUGGCCCGGGUGAAAGAGGGCUUGUUGGGGCUUCUUUGAUCAGGUCUGUCAGGGGGCAAUCGGGAGCUGUGUGCCAGUAGCACAAACUGACCUCUUUGUCGCAAUCGAUGCGUGUGACAAGGGAGUGGACUAGCGCCUUGGGUGCACCGGGGUUAAAAGCGCUCUAGGUGUGCUCGUUUGAGGGAGUAUGUGUGUGGGACGCGAGAGCUGAGCGAUGCGAGCAACAACACAAUAGACAGUGAGCGUUGGUAACUCUUGAUGAUAACUCUCUUUUACUAAGGACUGACUUACACGGAACGGAACGUAACUUGUGUGAAGGCUUGGCUCUUCAUGGCUCUUAUGCAACCGUGUGAUGGGACUGUGUUUGCAACAUUGGAUGGGUCACCAUGAAACUCUGUUGUGAUUCCUUCCGGGGGUUCCAGCUUUGACGCCGCAAGUGACAUGACACACGCUGCUACUGGGGUUUCAUAGCUUUGUUGGCGCAGUAGUUGCCCCGGCGAAGGCGGAUGGAGCAGGUCUUGGGAGGCGCAUCCCGUACGUGCACCCCCGUUCCAACCUUGUUAUCAUGAAG